AUGGAGCCCUCAACGCCCUCCCGUCCGCCCAAGGACAUCGACACGGCCUACACCAGGCCACUGGAGCCGGAGUCACCGGCCAAUUUUGUCACUGAAAAGGCUGGCAAGAGGCAGAGGAAGACUGUCACAAUGCCUCCCCCAGUCCUCAAAGGAGCCAGCGACAGCAUCCCCACGGCCACCUCUCGGCUGCAGAAGCAGUUUGAGGAGGCUCAGCAGCAACAGAACCUGCAGCAGAAGGCUCUCAUCAGAUUGGCAAAGACUCUGGACAGCUGGGUUGAGGAGGACAAGCAGUCAGUCAGUCAGAACUUUGCCCGAAUCUUCUGUGAGAGGUUUGUCAACAAAGACAGCGGCGAGGGAGCCGACUACCUGGGCGGGUGUUUGCUCAGAGGGGGGAAAAACUCUGCCCUCCCUGGGGUUACCCCUGUCAAGACUGCGGCUUCCCCAGCAGGCAGGGCUAGUGGAGCUAGCCUGCAGCCCAAAAGCGCCAGUCAGCCAGGGGCCCCACAGGGGGCACAAAACAGCAGGAGGACCCACGAGUCCUGGUCACCCUCCAGCCAGAGAAACGGGUCGCCCGGCUACAGCCAUAUGCUGUGCGGCAGGCAAUCGUUGCAAACAUUCAGGGGGUGGGGGAUGUGGCCAAUGUGCCGAAGGUGGAGCCCACCAGGACAGGUUGGGCGAUCACACCAAGCAACAGAGGCAUACGCGACGCUCUGA